AUGUUCAAUUCCAUGAGUAACAGUGACCACCACCUGAUUUCUCUGAUCGUAUCUUCCACCGGAAAACUACAUCUCCGGCAGAUUUACGCCUUCUUACUUCGCACUUCCUUAAUCAGAAACUCUAACGUUUUCCACCACUUCCUCUCCCGUCUCGCUCUCUCUCUCGUUCCUCGAGACAUCGAUUACUCGCGUCGGGUUUUCUCCCACAGGAGUAACCCGAGUGUCUCUCACUGCAACACCAUGAUCAGAGCUUUCUCCGUCAGCCAAACUCCCGGCGAAGGUUUUCGCUUGUUCCGAUCUCUCAGACGAAAAAGCUCUCUUCCCCCUAAUCCGCUCUCUUCUUCUUUUGCUCUCAAGUGUUGCAUCAAAUCAGGUGACUUACUCGGUGGUUUGCAGAUUCACGGCAAGAUUGUGAGUGAUGGGUUUCUCUCCGAUAGUCUUCUGAUGACGACUCUGAUGGAUCUCUACUCCACCUGUGAAAACAGCACUUACGCCUGUAAAGUGUUCGACGAAAUUCCCCACAGAGAUACCGUUUCUUGGAACGUGCUUCUUUCGUGUUUUCUGUCGAACAAACGUACACGAGACGUUCUGCUUUUGUUUGAUAAGAUGAAGAACGAGGUCGAUGGGUGUGGAAAACCAGACGCUGUAACAUGCUUGCUAGCUCUACAAGCUUGCGCCAGCUUGGGCGCGUUGGAUUUCGGUGAAAAAGUUCAUUACUUUAUUGAUGAAAAUGGACUCGGUGGGGCUUUGAACUUGAGCAACACUCUUGUUUCGAUGUACUCUCGAUGCGGAGCUAUGGAUAAGGCUUAUCAAGUCUUUAAUCGCAUGAGUGAAAAAAACGUGGUCUCAUGGACGGCUAUGAUCUCGGGUCUAGCCAUGAACGGGUUUGGAAGAGAAGCCAUUGAAGCUUUCAACGAAAUGUUGAAGUUUGGAAUCUCUCCAGAGGAACAGACACUGACAGGUUUACUGUCUGCGUGUAGCCAUUCAGGGUUGGUCGAUGAAGGAACGAUGUUUUUCGAAAAGAUGAGGAGCGGCGAGUUUAAGAUACAGCCUAAUUUACAUCAUUAUGGGUGCAUCGUUGACCUCUUGGGACGUGCCCGUCUACUCGAUAAAGCUUAUAGUCUCAUAACAUCAAUGGAGAUGAAGCCAGACUCAACCAUAUGGCGUACGCUUCUCGGGGCUUGUAGAGUCCAAGGAAAUGUGGAACUUGGGGAACGCGUGAUCUCUCAUCUUAUCGAACUCAAAGCAGAAGAAGCUGGAGAUUACGUUCUGUUACUCAACACAUACUCUUCGGUUGGGAAAUGGGAGAAAGUGACUGAAUUGCGUUCGUUGAUGAAGGAGAAAAAAAUCCAUACCAAACCUGGAUGCAGUGCAAUCGAGCUACAAGGAACCGUUCACGAGUUUAUUGUAGAUGAUAAUUCGCAUCUGCGAAAGGAAAAAAUCUAUAAAAUGCUGGCAGAAAUCAAUCAGCAGCUGAAGAUUGCAGGUUAUGUGGCGGAUAUCACAUCGGAACUGCACAAUCUGGAUUCAGAAGAAGAAAAGGGACAUGCUUUGACGUACCAUAGCGAGAAACUAGCUAUUGCCUUUGGUAUUCUCGCAACUCCACCAGGAACAACCAUUAGAGUGACCAAGAAUCUUAGAACUUGUGUUGACUGCCAUAAUUUCGCAAAGUUUGUAUCUGAUGUUUAUGAUCGUGUCGUGAUUGUUAGAGACCGUUCCCGAUUUCAUCAUUUUAAAGGUGGGUCAUGCUCUUGUAAUGACUUUUGGUAA